AUGGCAAUCUCUUCACUCUCAGUCCGCUACUGUCUUUCACCUACAAUUUCCCACAAGACAGAUAUUCCCUGUCCAAAUCCAUCACUCAGAGCUUGUUGUUCACUUUCAUCCGGUUACAGUCCUGACUCCUCGGAGAAUACUUAUCAAAAGGGAAGUAAUCUGAAGAGAAGGCAAGCGCUUGUGGGAGUAGGAACUUUAUUGGCAACUUCAGUUCCAGCAACUCUGCUUCUUGCUGAAGGCAAUCUGCCAAAAACUAACUUUCUUCUUCAUUCUUUUUGGAACCAAAAGCAUAACUCUGUUUGUUCUUAUAAUGUUUCUGCAGAGGUACCAAAAAGCUACUCGGCUUUUGUGGAUAGAGAAGACGGAUAUUCUUAUUAUUACCCAUCAGACUGGAGGGAAUUUGACUUCAGGGCACAUGAUUCAGCCUUCAAGGAUAGAUAUUUGCAGCUGCAGAGUGUUCGUGUCAGGUUCAUACCAACAGAGAAAACAGACAUCAGCGAAGUGGGUCCAAUGGAAGAGAUGGUUUAUGAUCUAGUGAAGCAUAAGUUUGCAGCACCAAACCAAGUAGCUACCAUCUACGAUAUGAAAGAGAGGGUGGAGGAUGGAAGGAGCUAUUACACGUUUGAGUAUGAACUAAGAACUCCCAUCUAUGCAACUACUUCCUUUGCAACAGUUGCAGUUGGAAACAACAGAUACUACACACUCAUAGUUGGAGCAAAUCAGAGAAGAUGGAGGAAAGUGAAGAAUCAGCUUCAAGUUGUUGCCGACUCUUUGAAGAUUCUUCAGAUUUGA